AAAAAAAAAAAAAAAAAAAAAGGAAAGCAGAGCUCUAUAUAUCUAUUGCAAUUCUCAAAUACUUAUCUUUCAACUACUGUUAAUUAAAGAUCCAAAAUCCCUGAAGUUGGAGUUUUAAGUGAAGAAAUAUGGAGAGAGAUUUCAUGGGUUUGAAAGUGAAGCAAGAAGUGAUUGAAGAACCUACAGAUCCAGCACCUGCGAGAAGUUUAGCGAUGCAGUGGUCAUUCUCGAACAACGUCUCUGCUCAUCCUCAUUACCUCUCUUUCAAAAGUGCUGAAGAGGAUAAGCCAAAAACUGGUUUUGAGUCUCUUGCAUCAACUGGGUUGGUGACUAUAACCACAACUGAAGCUGUCGACUCGAGUCAUCGGACAUACUCUGGUGUCACACAGAAAAAUAUGAUGGUAGAAAAGCAAGGUGGAACACACUACACAACAACUUUCCCUCCUCAUCACUUUGAUGCACACUCCGUACAUCGAUCUCAUGGAGUCAGAGUGCUCCCAGUUGCGAACCCAACAAAUCAGAUUUCUGUAUCUAUGACUAUGCCUGGUCAUAAGUCUUAUCUUUCUCCUGUUGGACAGAAUCUAAUAACUACUGUAACUCCGGGAGCUCCUGUUGCUAGCCCCAUUUCAGCUGUUCCAACUAGCAGUGCUGUCGUGGGCACCACUGAUUUAAGGGGUGCUCCCAAGACUCCCCCAGGUCCUGCCCAGUUGACCAUUUUUUAUGCUGGUUCUGUCUGCGUUUAUGACAAUGUUUCACCAGAGAAGGCUCAAGCUAUUAUGUUGCUUGCUGGAAAUGCACCACCUGUUACACCAAAUGCAACAACAUCUACUCUAUCUCCACUUCAGGCGCCUAUACCUAAGUCGCCUUCUAUUGACUCUUUUGUUGUAAACCAUUCGCAUAAUACAACACCUACUCUUGCCAGUCCCAUUUCUAUGACAUCCCAUGGUGGCUCACAAUCUGCCGGAGUGUCUAGUAAUGCAAAUGGAGUAACUAUUACCAAAUCAAUAGGAGUCCUGCCAUCUCCUUCCCUUAAAUCAGAGCCUUCCAAAGUUGCCAGUUCCGUAGGAUCUUUUCCUGCCACCAUGGUUCCAUCAGCUGUGCCGCAGGCACGCAAGGCAUCAUUGGCUCGGUUCUUGGAGAAGCGCAAGGAAAGGGUAAUAAGUGCAGCACCUUAUCCUCCCAACAACAAGCAGUCCCCAGAAUGUAGCAAUCCUGGAUUUGGCAGAAGCCUUUCUAUGAAUUCAUCAGGCUCUUGUCCUUCCCACGUAAUCAAUUUGAUCAAGUAGACGUGAAAUGCCAAAGGUGGCUAAAUAAUGUAGACACAGGAUGAAAGACUGUACCAGAAAGAUUAUUUAAGCUAUUAAAUUAUGUUCGUUUUGACCUCAAUACGUCAGUUUUUUCUUAGAUAUGAUUAUUCUUGGGUGUUUUUCUUGUAAAUGUUAUCGGAGCCUUUACUCUGAUGAAAAUACUACAAGCUUUUUGUAGGUUUUCCAUUUUUGCCAAUGUAAAGAAGCUUUUUUUUCCUUUCGAAGUUACGUUUUUAUUCU